AGAAGGAGAAUCGCAUGCAAGCCAGAUGUCAAAAAGAAAAGUCACCUCACACACCCCACUCCACAUAGGCCCUUUCAGCUUCACGCCUCUGCCCUUCACCCUCUUUGCAAACGAUCCCGUCCCCUCCUCCUCACCACCAUUGACAACCACGCAGAACUAGCCCACCAGCACGCGGCAACACCUUCUUUACUCCCUCUUUCCGCGCCACCAACACCUCACGCAUUCUUGCUCAUUCUUCUUGCCCCCCCCCAUGACCUCAGAACGACCCUCCAUUCCCCCCAUCGCGACCAUGGCUCCCACAGCAGCCAACCCUCGGGAAGCCCACCUCACAGUGUCCUGUCCCAACAUCGGCACCAAGAGCACGCCCAUGAACAGUUCCACGAUCCCCGGUCUCCCCUCGCCACCACUCUCGCCCUUUUCAAACACCACCGCUGGGCAUGACAGCCGCUCCGAUUCGCUGCCUCUGAUGCCCAUGCCCUUGGCAUGCGCACAGCCGGCCAUCCUCCGUGUGGUUGAGGACGACGACGCCUUUACUGGUUCAUUGGACCGAUUGUCGUCGCUUGAGACUCUCUCGGAUCAGCUACACCAGCUAAGCUCACCUCGAUCUUCGGAGGAAAUCAUUGGCGUACAGCAACCCGUCCGCAGAUCUGCUGAUCAUCAAGAAAACCACAUCCUUGCUGCCCAGUUGACCUCAAUACCCUCAGUUCGCACCAACUCGAAUUCCAACUCCACGGCUGCUGAAGGAGGAUUUGCGGAUGGAUCUCCAAUGGCAGUAGAGAUCGAGGAGCUAGUGCCUAUGCUCCCGAGUCAGCUUCGCAAACGACACGAGAGUAUGAGAAUACCGGCGAGGACGGCGCAAACGCAACCACCGGUCAUUUCGGCACUCGAAUCGACCAAUCAGGCUUCCGUAUCGACACCCAUGAUUCAGUUGGACCUCGUGCGAAACCCUAGGGACCACAAUUCGCAGAGCAGGGGCAUUUCUGACAACAAGGAUGAUGAGGAGGACGAUGAGAGUGACACAGAUUCGGUGCUGGCGUCUUAUCAUUCUGGAACGAUGAUCCGAGCAAAGUCUUACAGUAUGUUUGAGUCCAAUAACCUCGGUUCCAGCGCGGAUUCAUCCAUUAUGCUGACUCCCAGCCAACGAAUGCGGAUCAUCCAGGGGCUCAUGCCAUCCUCAGCAAUAUCGCCCUCCUCCAUCCCCAUGGAUCACCAUUCAGAAAUGUCAGCGAGGGAAUGGAUCCAGAUGCAGUCGAAGAUGCAGGCGCUAGAGCUAGAGGUGUCACAUGUGAAACGGACCAAUACACUGUUGAAUCAGGAACUGGACAAGGUGAAUGCGAAUCUGAGGAGAUUGGCUGCAUUAGCGAGCGGUGAUGAGGAUGGAGGCGAAGGCUGGCGGAGAGAGUACGAGUUUUUGGUCCAGCAGGUGGACUGGAUGCAUCGGCAGUUGCAGCAGGCACAGGCGGAGCAGUACGCGGAGAGGAUGCGUUUGGACGUGUCGGAGAUGGCCCUCACUGGCGCGGGAGCGACGCCUUCGAGGUACCAGACAGAGAUGACACGGGAGCUGUGCACAGAGGUCAAGGACUUGACGACCUCACUCCGGAUGUGGCAGUCGGCGUUUCAGCAGGCGGAGGAAAAGUACCGUCGCAAGUGUGAUGGUGAGCGUGCGCUGAAAAAGACCCUACAGGAGCGUGAGGCGCAGCUGUCUAGCCUGGUCGAGAAGCUGUCAGGAUACGAGGGCGAGUUUCAAAAGUCGAUCGCCAAUUAUGAAGAGCUGAUGCGACUCUCUGCAGAACUGGAGCUACUUCAAGGUCCCAGCACGACAGAGGAUCAGCAAGAGGCCCGGGAUUUUGCUUCAAGUUCGAGUAAGGGCCGUGUUGUUUCCAACGACAAGAGUAACAUGCCAGGAACGUUCCCGGGUCAGCUAUGGGGUCGCAGUUCUGUGACUGAGGAUUCUUCUGCUAUUACUACUACCACUACUACUACUACUACUACUACUGAUACCUUGACAGUCGACCAGCUCUCGGUCUCGAUCCUGUCCUGGGCAGCAUUGUUGGCGACCUACAUGCUGUCGUGAUUUCCCUAAUGAUAAUAAAGGAUUUUUUUUUUUACUUUUUUGUUCAUUG